AUGGGUAAAACCAAGGAGGCAAAGGGCAGCAAGACCAAGGCCGAGAAGCCUUCGGUUGUCAAGGCUGCCGCUGUCACCAAGUCCACAUCAACCCCCAAGGCUAAGGCUAAGGCCGCAGCCCAAGAGAUUGCUAAGAAGGCCACUUCUAAGAAGUCCAAGAAGGAGGAGUCCUCUUCUGAGUCCAGCUCUGAGUCCGAGUCCGACGACUCCGCUUCAUCUGACUCUGAGUCCUCUGAGUCCUCCGAGUCUGAGGAGGAGAAGCCCGCACCCAAGGUCAAUGGCAAGAUCAAUGGCAAGGUCAACGGCAAGGUGAAUGGCAAGGCCAAGCCCGCUGAGUCUUCUGACGACUCCGAGUCCUCGGAGGACGACAGUGACGACAGCGAUGACAGCGACGAUAGCGACAAGGAGACACCUGCCAAGGCCAAGGCCGCCCCUGCUGCUAAGAAGGCUGCCGCUGCUGAGUCGUCUGACUCUGACUCUGACUCCUCCGACGAUGAGAGCGACGAGAAGCCUGCUGCCGCUAAGAAGGCUGAUAGCUCCGAUGAGGAAGACAGUGAUUCCUCCGACUCUGACAGCGAUGAGGAGACAGCUAAGCCUGCCGCCGCGAAGAAGGAUGCUAAGAAGGCCAAGGAGUCCUCUGACUCCGACUCUGACGAUUCUGACGACUCCGACUCCUCUGACUCCGACAGCGAGUCAGAGGAGACCGAGGCACCAUUCGCCGCCAAGAAGCGCAAGGCUGAGGAGGCUGCUGCUGAGGCCCCAGCGAAGAAGAACAAGACGGAGGAUGCUUCUUCUGAGGAAGGAUCCACCCUCUUUGUUGGCAACCUCAGCUGGAAGGUCGACGACGACCUUCUCUACAACGAGUUCCAGAACUGCAAGGGUAUCACAAAUGCUCGCAUCAUCACUAGCCGCGAUGAUGGCCGCCCUCGAGGCUUUGGCUACGUCGACUUCGACUCUGCUGAGAACGCCCAGGCCGCUCUGGAUGAGAAGCAAGGAGGCUACCUCGACGGCCGCGACAUGCGUCUUGACAUUUCUAGCGGAAAGCCCAAGAACGACCCCGCUGCCCGUGCCGGUGACCGCGCCAAGAAGUUCAAUGACGAGAUGAGCCCCGAGAGUGACACUCUCUUCGUUGGUAACCUAUCCUUCCAAGUUGACGAGGAGAGUGUCUCCGCUUUCUUCGCCGACAUUGCUGAGGUGAAGAGCCUUCGUCUGCCUACUGAGCAGGAAACUGGACGGUUCAAGGGUUUCGGAUACGUCUCGUUCCACUCCGUUGAGGAUGCCAAGAAGGCCGUCGAGCAGCUCCAGGGCGCCGACCUUCAGGGUCGUGGAGUCCGUCUGGACUAUGCUAGUGGCCGGCCAGAUAACGGUGGUGGCGGCGGCCGUGGCGGCGGUCGCGGUGGAUUUGGCGGUGGCCGUGGAGGUGGCCGCGGAGGUCGCGGUGGCUUCGGAGACCGCGGCGGACGUGGCGGCUUCGGUGGCCGUGGCGGCGGACGUGGUGGAUUUGGAGACCGUGGUGGCCGUGGAGGCGGCCGUGGAGGCACCGCCUUCCAGGGCAAGAAGAUCACGUUCUAG